AUGGCGUUUUUUGUCGCAGCAGGCGUGUUGUGUGCAGCAGCGUGUUGUCGCAGGCUGUACGUGUUUUUACAGACGUGUUGUUACAGAGACGAUCUGGUUGUUGUAGACGUGUUUGUUGCAAGCAGGCGUGUUGUUGCAGCAGACGUGUUCGCAACGCAGACGGCGGGUUGUUGCAUGCAGGCGUGUUGUUGCAGCAGGCGGUUGUCGCAGCAGAACGUCGUUGUUACAGACUUUUCGUUGCAGACGGUGUUGUUUGAGCAGCGUGUUGUUGCAGCAGAUGGAUUGUGUGCAGCAGACUGUAGCUGCAGCUAG